UGACAUUGACAUUGUGAUGACAACGCGUAUAACCUAAAAUUGUGUUCAGAAAAUUCAAAACAAAGGCAAAAUAAAAUAAUUAAACAUGUUAUUCCUUUACUUAUUAAGUAUUUUAUCAUUAGCUGUCCAAGCUGUGUUCGUCACAUUGGCGAUAGCGGCUGGACUAUAUUACUUAGCGGAAUUAGUGGAAGAAUACACAGUAAUGGCCAAAUAUAUAAUCACAUGGACAGUUGUUGCAACAGCCGGCUUCCACAUAGGCCUGCAACUCUUCGAAGACAUUCCCCUCCAUCUGAACGCGCUAGGGCUCCUGCAGCAACUACUGCACGGUCUGCUACUAAGAGACUUCCCGGUAGUCAGAAUAUCGAGUGUGGCGUUCAUAACAUCGGUGCUGACUCUCAUACUACAUCAUUAUUUGGCUUUCAAGUUCUUUGGAGCUGUGUAUUAUAGUUUUUCUGAGGUAUUAGCAUACUUCACGCUAUGUCUGUGGGUGGUGCCUUUCGCAAUGUUCGUUUCGCUGUCUGCGAACGACUACGUUUUGCCCACCACUGGGGAAAAACAACCACUGUUGUUAGGUGACAACAACGUCUUAACAGAUUACCUAUCAAGAAAAUCAAAGAGAUACAGUCUGCUAUCAUUCUUCAGUUACGCUAAGGAUUCAAUUCUGCCGCAGCGAAGCAAGAAAGCUUUCUGAACAUAAUAU